CUUAAUCAGAAACAUUCGUCGCGCGCGUGUUGUCGUACUCACGGUAACCACAUCCCCUAAAAGUGGGGGGUUAUCUCGUACCGUUGCUGCGUCGUUAAACCCCUCCACCGAAAGAUACGUGACCUUAAAAACCCCAACGCGUAGCCAGGCGGACGAAACACUGUAGAAAAAUGCCGGCCGAUAAACGUCGAAAAAUCGAGGAGGAACUCGUACACACGGUAGAUUCAUUCUUCACGCUCGUGGAACCGUUGUUAAAAAAAUAUGUACGUCGCAAGCGACAAUUGAUACGAAUUUCCGAGGUAAUAGACAAAACGUUCGGUUUAACGAAAAAGACGAAAAUUAUUACUGACGAACGCAUGAAUGACGACGACGAGGAAGAAUCUUCGUCGUCUUCAUCGUCGUCGAGUGGUGGCGGCGGAUCCGACGAGGACGAUGGUGGAGAAAAAAGUAUCAAUGCGAGAGAUUCAUCACCGGAAAAAGAUGAUGAAGGUGGUGGUGUACUGCUGCGGAACGACGCGUCUUCCUCCUUUCCAUUGACGACGACCUUCGACAUAGGUGGUUUCGAAGUCGUUGUAGCGGAAACGACAACGACGACAAAUAAGGAAACGACGACCGUUCAUCAUCAUUCGCCGCCGCCGCCGCCGAACAACGAGCAACAAGUGUCAUUAAUGGAGACCGCGUUGCACGAAAGGUACGACACCAUUCACAUGGUAAUGGAAGAUUGCGAUACAUAUCACAUUCGACCUCGUCGUACGUCCAACGAGGAUGUGCUUCCCAUCGUAUCGACUCGAUUGAUACGCGACGCUUUUUCUGUGCUACAUCCGCUUUGGAAUCAAACGGACAUAUACGCAGCGACGUUUACAACAUCGACGCACGUGUCUAAAGUAUUGCGAUCUAAAAACACCGGUGCCACGUAUCUGAAACAUUCGCUCAUAGAUACAUCGUGCGAACAGUGUUAUAUGUACGACAAUCGAUAUCAGUAUUGGAAAACAUUAGGUAAAGAGGGAGUCGAAUGCGUGUACAGCGUGUAUCUCUCGAACGAUUCGCGCAAAACGACGUUGCAGAAGAACAGCGCGUUCGUGAUACCCGUAUUUACCACCGAUAAUAACGUCGACACGUUGUUACGACAUCGACAAAAAUUACAUUUUAAGAAAAUAUCGAACGAAAAAGCGAUCGAAAAUUUGACAACUAUGUCUUCCACACUGUUGUGCGUGCCUACAGCCAAUCUUUUCGUUUAUAUUCCGCAAUACUUUUGCGAGGUAUUUAUGGUCGUUGGGAACAAGGUUAAUUACGAUACUCGUAGUUACAUUGUUCGCGGUUUCGAUCAAACGACGUUGUACACCUUGAUGCUCAUUUUUGAGCGACGUGAUUUAUUGCAACGGGGAAAAACUUGUGAUAACUUUUACGAAUAUAGAUGAAUCUAACGCAAUAAUAAAUCCAUGUGUCACGAGUGUUUACAGAGGUUCCGAAGAUAUUUUAUACAACCCGCAACAAUGAAAUAUAGAAACAUCGAAAAUGACAAGAUUUUUUGAUUUACCUUUCUGUUUUU